AUGUUGAUACCACUAGUGAUAAUCAUUCCUCUGUUUGCCCCGAAUGUCUCUGGCGGUGGCAAUAGCGACGAGAAUGAUUCUGUGAAGAAGAUGACUUCGCGUGUUGUGCAUACGAAAUAUGGAUCAGUGUCCGGAACCAUCGAACAUCUAGAUGGGCGGCAUUUGGAUCCGGUGGAAGCAUUCCGAGGCAUACCGUACGCCUCCCCGCCAGUUGGCACGUUACGUUUCAUGCCCCCGGUAACCGGCGCGCUGUGGUCCGGGGUCAAGAAAGCAGAUAGGUUUAGCCCGGUAUGCCCGCAACGUCUUCCAGACAUCGCCAACGAAACGGCAGCUCUGGAACGGAUGCCGCGCGGUAGAUUAGAAUAUUUAAAACGUCUCUUGCCAUACCUUAGAAAUCAAUCGGAAGAUUGCCUAUACUUGAAUAUCUACGUCCCAACCCAAGCAAGCUCACGAGAAAACGCCGGUGCGCAAAAAUAUUCCGUGAUGGUAUUCGUACAUGGAGAAUCGUACGAAUGGAACAGCGGUAAUCCGUACGAUGGAUCCGUGCUUGCCAGUUUCGGGCAAAUUUUAGUAGUUACAAUCAAUUAUCGUUUAGGAAUAUUAGGAUUUUUAAAUGCCAAUAUCGACCGGUUCUCGAAGGCACCGGCCAACUAUGGACUGAUGGACAUCAUUGCAGCUCUCCAUUGGAUACAGGAAAACAUCGAAGCCUUCGGUGGUGACCCAAGAAGUGUCACACUGGCUGGACAUGGGACGGGGGCUGCGUGUGUUCACUUUCUCAUCGCUUCGGCAGCUGUGCCAGAAGGUCUCCUGUUUCACCGAGCGAUCUUGAUGUCAGGCUCUGGCCUAGCCCCAUGGUCCCUCGUGGGCGAACCAGCCAAGUUCGCUGCGUAUGUUUCGCAUCACGUGAACUGCUCACCUGACCUACCUCAUCAGAUGCUGCUCAAGUGUUUGCGGGACAAACCACUCAACGACGUCCUGUCGACGCCGGUUCGAGCACCGGAUUUCGGUAAUGCCUUCGGGCCAAGUGUCGACGGAGUUGUAAUCGAUACUGGCGAAAUACAGCAGAUGGAUGGAUCCCAUUACAGCGAUUAUGGGGCCUCGUCUGCUUCCAAACCAUCGGUACAUUUCCACAACACGCUCAACACGAUCAAUGCAAUCCUCUUACGGAAACUAGCAAUUAACAAAUUAUCCAAAUACGACUUACUAGUGGGAGUCACCCGAGCCGAAGCAUAUUUUGUCUUCAACUCGGAAGACGUCCAGUACGGCAUCGAAGCCGACCGGAGGUCAAAGAUCCUGAAGAAUUAUGUCAAAUGUACCUACAGCUACCAUCUGAACGAAAUCCUAGCAACAAUUGUGAAUGAAUACACAGACUGGGAGCGACCGAUUCAGCACCCCAUCAACAUCAGAGACGAAACACUGGAGGCGCUGAGUGAUGCACGCGUGGUGGCGCCUGCAGUCCAAACGGCCGAUCUUCACUCGGCGGACCAUCGGAACUCGUUUCUGUAUGUUUUCGAUUAUCAAACAAAGUACGGUGAUUUUCCACAGCGGCAAGGCUGCAUCCACGGCGAAGACCUGCCGUAUCUAUUCGGGGCACCGUUGGUGGGAGGAUUCAGCCACUUCACCAGGAACUACACGAAAUCCGAAAUCGCGCUGUCGGAAGCGGUCAUGAUCUACUGGUCCAACUUCAUCCGAACCGGUAAUCCAAACGAGCAGCUGGAAAAUGACCAUGUACGGGAUAGGACUCGAUUCAAAAACAUCGAAUGGACACCUUACGAGAGUGUGCACAAAAAAUUCCUAAAUCUAGAUACGAAACCGAAGCUGAAAAACCAUUACCGUGCACAUCGGCUGUCGUUUUGGCUCAAUCUAGUGCCGGAUUUGCAUAAACCAGGUGGUGAUGACGUUCCUAGCUCGCACCACGAGCUGGAAGAUGCCGAAGAGGAGAACAUUCUGGUACCAACGGUAAAGCCACUUAAUCCUCCGGUGCGCGACCCUGCGUCGGCCAACUUUUCCUUUUUCACCACACAAGUGUUUUCGCUGUUGAAUUUUUCCACUUACGGGAUUAACAAUAGCAGCGGCCGCCAAAGCGUACAUAAGCCGAUUCCGGUGACGGCAGAAUCAUCCGAAGGCACAGAAGAUGAUGGUGUGGGUGGUAGCGGGGGACAAACGCAGGAAGACGGCUUUGCUGCCUACAGCACAGCGCUAAGCGUUACGAUCGCAAUCGGAUGUAGUUUACUGAUACUGAAUGUGCUCAUUUUUGCCGGGGUUUACUAUCAGCGAGACAAAACAAGAUUAAACGAUUCUAGAAACAGUAAGAAACGCAAUGAGAACGGUCAGAUGCCGAAUAAUAUCUGCGGGGAACUGGAAAGUCUCACCAUACAUGCUAAGAGCGAUCCGUCAACGAUACUGGCACAUCACCAUGCCUUACAGCAUCAUCAAAUGCCUCCGCCGGAAUUUGCUGAUCUACCCCAGCGAGCACCUCCGCCGCCAAAACACAUCAAAUCGGUCCCGGAUGGGACAAUACUAUCUCAGCAUGCACUGCAGCUAAUUGGCGGCAAUUGUGGCACGCUGACAAAGAAGAGUUGCGUCAAGUCGAACCUUACCACUUCAAAGCAGACCCAGAAUGCGAUGGACGAACUACGAGUGUGA